AUGGCUGAGUUCCCAGCUCUUAACGGUCAGAGCUUUUCUUAUGCUGUACUCCAGUUCCCUAACGGCACGAUUAACCCACUGCACACGCAUCCACGGUCUUCCGAGCUCUUGUUUGUUCUCAUGGGUUCUUUGGAAGUUGGCAAUGCCAAGGAUCCAGCUUUCGCUCUUUCGGCCUUUGGCAGUGCGAGCCCAGGGACUGGUUCGGUUCCGAAUUCGGUUUUCAAUACGACUAUCAACGAUCAAGUAAUGGCGUUGUCUUUCAAAACAGAUGUUGCUAUGCCUACCGUUCAUAAGAUCAAAUCUGGGUUUUCAAGCUGA